AUGGAGGUUGCUACAGGAAAACCGGACGUGGUUGUUCUCUCUGCGCAAACGUUCAACGACGUACUUGCGGCUUCCUUUUUGAGAUUCCGCGAGAUGGCGAAGCGCCUAUUGGAGAUUGAGUACACAUCCGCGUACAAGAGGCCGUUCCUGAACCUGAUGCACGACAUGUGGACUGCGGGUACCGGGAAGAAGGAUGUUAUCGGCACGUCGAUGUCGCUCAUCGACAAGGACUGGACCUUUCGUACCGUGGCGUUGCUAGUGACAGUCUUCAACGAAUCUCACGAUUCCGGCGUUGUGCAAAAGAAGAUCUCGAGUCGAAUUGUGGAGCUGUACGACGUUGACAUCGGCUGCAUGGCUCACUUCGUCAUGUCGGAUACGGCCCAGCAGCUCGUAAAGUGUCGAAACUAUACGAAGAUGCAGUACCAGUGGACUGCUCGAUGCACGUAUUAA